GGAGGUACCCUUGAAAUGGCCCUGAGCGGGCGGAAGGGGCGGGGAGUGAGGGAGGACCGGAGACGGGACACGGGAAGGAAUAUCCGGACAGGAACUGAGGCAGGGACAGCGACAAGGGCAGGAGUUACCUUAUGGCUAAAGAAAAUAUAUGGGGAUAUGCCUAUUCCAGAGUAUGAGGUGAAUGAAAGGACAGUGGAUAUUUUGCAUGAAGUUAUGGAGUUCAAUGAAGAGAGAGACAAGGAUGUUACAUUGCUGAUAGAGGACAUGAAGGACCGGGCAACCAAAUACGAAGAAGGUGCUAAGUACUGGCAGGAUAUUCUUGGAGAAAGCUUGGGUCUCUCUGAAGGCAGUCUGUCCCUAGAAGCCAACAAAGACCUCACUGAUCUGGUAGAAAGUGCACUGGAUCUCAACGUGGAGGACACGUCUCUUACCAGCUUCUACAGUGCCAUCAAUAACAUGACCUCAGAAUUGUAUGAAACAAAAUCAGAAAACGAAGAACUGGAACUGGAAUUGAACACCCUCACAAAAAAGCUAACUUCAGCACUGGUGCUGGAAAAGAAGUUAGAGGAGGAUAUUGAAAAAUUAAAAGAAUCACAGGAAGCAGAAAAGGCUGAAGCUGAGAUUCAAUUAAAGGAUUUGAAGUUCCUGGAAAAUAAAUCUGUGGAUCUAAAAAUAAGGAUCAGUGAUGCUGAGGAAAAGCUUGUUGCCAUGGGGAUGGACCAAUCCCUGACACAUGAGGCACUCAUGAAAUCAUCUGAGGAACUGGCUGCACUGGAGAAAGAAAUUGAGCCAUUGAAGAAUGAAGUGGCAUCCUACCAUGAUUUACCUCUUAGCAUUCCCCUGGCACGAGUGAAGGUUGAAGAAGCGAGAAAAGAACUUCAAGCCUUGGAAGAAGAGUUCACGAGGGAGGUCCAGGCUCUGCCUUUUGAGAAGACAUAGCCCAGCAAGCCCCAGUUCACCUCAAGUGGCCUAUGUGGAACAUGUUUUUCUUUCUGUUGCCUCCUUGUACAUAGCAAUGCAUUUCAGAAUUCUUACUGUACCUUGGCAGUUUCCUGCUGUGUUCUUCUCUGUGUUGGCCUUGUGCUUGUAAACUUCACCUACUUUUCAUUAAAUAACCUCCACACUUCCUCUUGUCUUUACAAGUUAUUUUUUCCUCUGUGAUACACACCUGUAAAGCAGCUCUGUGGAUAGUGCAGGUAUAUUUUUAAAACAAAAAAACCCACACAGUAAGACCUUUCUAGAUCUUGCAGAACCAUUCUAGGACAUGAUGGUUUUGAAGUCAGAUUGACCUUAACAAUUCUACCUCAAAUGUCAUCUUCCAUGAGGGCUCCCUGAGCUCUGUUACUUCCAUGCCAUCACCACACCAGCCUUACGCACUUUCAGAAGCGUUUUGCCCACUCCAGCUCUUAGAAGCUGUUUGAUACCAAAGCUGAAAAUCAGCACAUCUCCUGUUGAUUGGGAAAAAGUAAAAUCUGGAAAUAGUGGUAGCACCUGAGGACAUUGAGCAUGGGCUUGUUCGUCCUGGGAAGCAUCCAGGCAGAUAGUGGUGCUCUCAGUGACAAUCUGUUUGCAAUUGGAGUUGCAAGAGAUUAUGGCCAUGACAGCUGCUUCUUCAGUGCAAAAGUUGGUUUUCCACUGAUCUGCAGGAAGAGAGAUUCAAAAUUACACUGGUGUCAAUAAAAUACCACAAGUGUGA